CGCUGCUUCAAAGCGGCAACAUAAACAAUGUGUCAAUCAACAGCUGGUUGUUUUUGUCGAUGAACAGUGAGCCCCCCCUUGGAAACCUCCUUGGCACUAUCGAUCAAACUCCACUGAUGAAAAUAAAUUCUUCUCGUGCCAGUACUUUUUGGCAUAAAUUCCUGCACUGUGCUACAGUUCGGUUCGGUUUAACUCUGCUGGUGAUCUGAAAUGUCCACAAUUCGACGUGGAGGCAAAUCCGGCCGUGGAAAAACGGGAAAAAAUUCCACUCGCAAAGGAAGUUCUGCAGCCGGUAGUGUCAAUGGUCCAUUGAAGGAAAAAGCUCUCAUCAAGCAGGAGAGUGAAGAAUCCGAAUCUACGGACGCCGUAUCUUCGUCGGACGAGGAAGAACGUUGGAAAGAGUCAAAGCACACCAAUGACGUACCCUCAGAGUACUGGCACAUCCAAAAGCUGGUCAAGUACAUGAAGGCGGGCAAUCAAACGGCCACAAUCGUGGCUCUGUGUUGCCUCAAGGAUCACGACCUGACGACGCAGAUGAACCAACGGGCGAUUCAGGACUGCGGCGGGCUGGAAGUGCUCGUCAAUCUACUCGAGAGCAACGAUCUCAAGUGUCGACUGGGAGCAUUGACGGUCCUGUCGGAGAUCUCGUCUAAUUUGGACAUCCGCCGAUCGAUAGUUGACCUAGGAGGUAUUCCGCUGUUAGUGCAGAUACUGUCGGAACCCGGACGGGACCUGAAGGUAAUGGCAGCCGAAACGUUGGGCAAUGUGGCCAAGGUGCGGUUGGCACGCAAGCUGGUCCGGAAGUGUGGCGGAGUGCCUCGGCUGGUGGAUUUACUCGACGUCAAUAUCAGCAUCCUUCGAUCCCAGCGCGACCAGCUAAGCGAAGACGAGCGCGAAAUGUUGGACAUGGCCCGCGCCGGCGCGCGUGCUCUCUGGUCUCUGUCCGAGUCCCGACACAACAAGGAACUGAUGUGCAAGGGUGGCAUCGUUCCGUUGAUGGGUAGACUGCUGAAGAGCGUUCACAUCGACAUCGUUGUUCCAACUAUGGGUACCAUACAGCAGUGCGCCUCGCAGGCCAACUAUCAGCUGGCCAUCACCACCGAGGGAAUGAUCUUCGACAUCGUUUCGCACCUGACCUCGGACAACCUGGACCUGAAGCGGCAGUGCAGCUCGGCUAUCUUCAAGUGUGCCAGCGAUAAGACAGCAAGCGACAUGGUACGUGAGUCGGGAGGCUUAGAACCGUUGGUCGGUAUUGCCCGAGAUAAAUCCGUAAGGGACAACAAGCCCUUACUGGCGGCAGCAACUGGAGCACUGUGGAAGUGUGCGGCUAGUGAAGCCAACGUCAAAAAGCUUGACCAACUGAAGACAGUCCAGGUUCUGGUACAGUUGCUCAACGACGAGAGCGAAGACGUACUGACCAACGCCGCUGGAGCUAUCUCGGAGUGCGUCAAGUAUCAAAACAACCGCGAAACGCUCCGCCAGUGCGGUGGAAUACCACUAUUGGUUAAUUUGCUCAACAUGACUCACGCACCACUGCUGGAAAAUAUUGCCAAAACUCUACACGAAUGCGCUUCCGAUCCCGAGAGCAUGACCAUCAUGGAAGAUCUAGAUGCCAUCCGUCUGAUCUGGUCGCUACUGAAAAACUCAAAUCCGAAAGUUCAAGCUUAUGCGGCGUGGGCUCUAUGUCCCUGUAUUGAAAACGCUAAGGAUUCCGGAGAACUGGUGCGUAGCUUCGUCGGAGCUUUGGAAUUGGUCGUGGGGCUUCUUAGCUCCCGGGAUAACUUCGUCCUGUCGGCUGUUUGUGCCGCCAUUGCCACCAUCGCUAAGGAUAGAGAAAAUCUGUCAGUCCUCUCGGAUCACAAGGUGAUUCCUAUGUUGGCACAUCUCGUGUACACCACGGACGAUUUGUUGCGCGAAAAUUUGGCCGCUGCCAUAGCCAGCUGUGCACCGUAUGCGCAGAACACUCAAGAGCUGGGACGUUUGCGAACCGUCACGCCCAUCGUCGGCUACAUGGUCAGCAAUAACCCGCGAGUUCACCGGACCACUGCGAUGGCACUGCAGAAGCUCUCGGAAGACCCUCAGAAUUGCAUCACGAUGCAUCAGAGCGGCGUGGUUCCAUUUCUUUUGGAAACUGUUGGCUCUAAGGAUCGUGAGCUACAAGAGGCUUCCGCUGGCUGUCUGCAGAAUAUCAGGAAGUUGGCCCUGCGUGCAGAGGAACUAGAAUUUAGAGGGGAGCAUUAGAAGAAGAGUUUAUCGGAUUGAAUAUUUUAAAGCUUAUUUGUUAGAAUUUUGAAAUUAAACUGUAUUGAUUCUACAUUAGUAA